UGCACUGGCUGCAUUAAAGCGUCAACUGUCACUCUUCUCCCAGCUGGAUCCAAUGAAGACAGAAAGUGCAGAUUCAAGGAUGCCAGAGCCCCCUCCACAAGACCCUGGUAUUCCCGAAGGCCUCAAAACAAGCCCCCUAAACACAGAGGCUCUCGGGGAGUUUGCCCAAAACAUGUCAGAGCACAUACUUCGAUCAGUUUUUAGCCAAAAGGAAACAGUAGAACCUGAGGAGUCCAUUUAUAACCAAGAGCAUGAAAUGCUAGCUGAGACGCUAGCAUCCGCAGUGAUUGAGAUCGCUCUGAGUGAAGUGUGUAGAGGAAGAAACUUAAAGGACCACAUGGAGGGUGCUGAAAUAGAGAUGGAGAACAACAAGGGUGAACACCAGUGUUUGGAGGAUAAAUCUAGAAGAGACCAAGAACACCAGACUUCUACCCAGCCUUGCCAUCCACCUCUAUCCCAGUCAGGGCUUCCCGCUGUGGGAUCCCUCGACUACCCCGACGCCCCACCGACCACGCCUCUUCUCCCAGAGCUGGAGAGGAGCAGAAGCAGCUUCGCCCGUAAGCUAAAAGGAGGCCUGGCAAAGGUUUUCCUACCCUCGCCUCCUCCACCAACGCCAAAGGACAAGGAGGACAACGGAGACGCUUUGAUCAGCGACCCUCAUGUGGAACUGAUGGAGCAUCUCAUGCAGUCGCUGUCUACAGAUGAUUUGGGGAGAGGCAGUUUCGAAGUAGCACCUCUGCAUGAACCAACUAUAGAGACUUUUGCACAGGCUCUGUCAUGUGAUAUUACUAAGUGGGUUCUGGCUGCCAAAAAAAGAGAACAGAUGUCACAUGACAGUGAUCUCAACCUACUGGCCCAACAGCUGGCUGAAACCAUUAUCACGUCCUCCAUUGAUGAAGCUAAAGUGCUUAUCUAGGAUUUAAAGUGAUUCAUGGAGUCAGGUAUGAUGAAUAGCCUAUAUAUAUAUGCACACACAAGCUCAGUCCAUGGACUAUAUAUACAUAAAAGGUGGACAUAGCCACCAUAACACAAUCAGUUUAAUUGUCUUUUGUAGCUAUCUUAGUGUUUUUAAGUCAGACACGAAAAGUGAACCACUUAUUGGUUAACAGCUUAUGAGUAACAAGUCAUUAACCAAUUAGCAUUUCCUGGUUUAUCCACCUUUCUGACUCAAAUAAUGAUGACAAAUUUACAAAGGAAUUUCAUACUCUGUACACUAUGAUGUAAAACUAGCAACUGAGCCUCAAAAAGUUACCAGGUAUUCAGUGACAUCAGAGAGUAUGGAAGUACUUCUAUAAUAGCAGAAGGCUUUUUAGAAACCUGAGUAAUCGCCCCCUGUUGGGCAUCAGAAAGAAUGCAGGUAAAAGCAAGAUAGAUAGAUAGACUAUCUCUAGCAUAUACUUCUGUCCUACUCCACAUACUCCUUCGCUACACGAUGACAUGACAAAACAUUCUGUUCUGCAGCACAGGGAGAGAAGAUGCCUGCCACUUUGAGUUCUCUAAGCCACUAAAACACUGUGGAUUGUGGACUAUCUUUAGAGUUGGUCUAUAUAUAUCCUUUCUGUGCAGCUUUUGACUACAAUCCUCAGCAAGUCCAUAGUCCUACCCAUUACCAAGCCAGUACUUCUCUGUUGGUCACUCUGUAGACUUAGAAGCUAAAUCUAUCAUUUAUAUAUAGUCUGUGGGGUCUGUUAUUGUUAUUUCCUCUAAAGUAGGCAAUACACAUUAUCUUACUCCAAGAUUUGGGAAUUUCAUUUGUUACAGGAGUUAAUAUGAUUCAUUUGCAUUUAAUUGUAAUAUUAUAUUAAUGCUAUUUAUUAAUGAUAACAUAUUAUUAUGAGUUCAACUGUGUAUUCGUUUGUGUUUCUUGUUCAGAAAUGAACUUGUCAUUGAGGUUAAGUGGCAUUUCUGCAUCCUGAAAACUGCUGGAUGAUAAGUAACUGUUACAUUUCAUGAUGGAUUAAAGUACACUGGAUCUGACUUUUAUUUAUUUCUUACAAAACAAUACUUGGCUCCAAAAGCAAUAACCACAUUUGUCCUUUGGAUGGCAGCACAGUAAAGAAAUUUCAGCAUGAGCUCAGCAGUGCUGACCUUCUUGGGACAUGACAACGACUGGAAUUAAUUUUGUUUUCCAUUUAGGAAAUCAUUUACUUUUAAAUGGUGGUCACCUGUCAGUAAAAUUGUUUUGUUUUGUCUGAUUUUGCUUCUAUGGUCAGGUCCUGCCAAAAGGGAAAGCCCUGCUAAAUAAUGCAGAGUACAACGACUUGCAGACUGCUAUAUCUGUAACAGAAGAUGAAACUGGACAGCAGAUGUUCUGUAGAUGAACUUGUAUCACACUGGAUUAUAAUCAGACAUAACACUGGCAAAUUGUUUGGUUAGUUUUCUUUGUAAUCACCCUCAAAAUCUUUAUGUAUCCAGCAUGACUCAUUCAGCCCGUACACUGAGCAACGAUACUGGCAUUUUGGACAAAUUUGUGUUCUGGCUCAAAGAAAGCUCGUUUUCAUACUCACUUAGUCCUUGAUGUCAGGUCUUGGAAGAACAAAAAGAAAAAGAAAAAAAAAAAACAGGGCGCCACAGGUCUUAACCAAACACUGAUGCGAUCCUGGAAUCGAAUAAAAACUCUGUUUUCUUUUUAAAUCAGUAACUACUUAAACACAGUUGGAGAUCGACAAAUUUACUGCAAGAAAAUCUUUGCUGAACUUUUAAAGUGCUGUUUUGAAUAAAGAGUCUCAUUGUUCCUCUUAGUCACUGCUGUUUGAGUUCACACACUUUUUUGGUUCAAGAAACUAGGUAAGUGGGACACACAAACAGACUCAGACCCCCUUCCGCCCUCCCUUUUAUUUUGCACAAACACAAAACACGCACACAAAAACCCCACCAUAAAAUAAACAACCCAAACAUGUGCAGAUGAUAUGAAGCAUAUUUCUCUCUUUCCACUAAAAAAACCCCAAUUAGGUCUGUAUGUUAAUACUUACAGACUUGUCUGGAUGAGGUAUAAACAUAUUAACAAAGAGUUCAAGCACAAAUUACUAACAUACAGCAGACAUAAGACUUAGUGCUUUUAUCAUUUUCAGUCAACAGUAGUAAGAAGGCAGUCAGUCGCUUCUGUGACGAUGGAAAUAUUUGAAAACCAGUACGUCCUCAUUCCUGGCAAGUCAUAGUCUGCUCUUAUUUUCAAAUACAAUGCCCUCUCUCAGACAUGCACGAGGUGUCCUUUUUCCAUCAGUGCCAUGUUGUCUCAACAGUGAGAGAGGUCUCCCUCCCAACUUAUACAUUAUUCUACAGAUGUCAUGAUCCUUGUGUUUUGUUGGGUUCUUUUGUUGAUUUUCUGGUAAUAAUGGAGUUUUAGUUAUGGAGUUAUUUAAGAGAAUGGAACACAUUGUCAUUGUACAUGUACAAUGAACUUGUGAGUGCUCCACACCAACUAUGCUAGAAUAAAAUAUAAAUAGUAGACAGCAGGAAUAAAUAGCAAGCAGAAUAAAUAUAUAUGAUGAAGAGGGAUAGAUACAAAACAAGAGAAAUAUAUACAAAGAAAAGAAAAGCCUUGGUCUGAGUGGAGUCUGUGUGUGAGUGGCCUGAGUGAUGAGGGUUACUCAGACUAUGCCUCAGAUGAGUGAGGUGGGUGGGCAGUU